AUGACGACCACCGCCACCGAGGAGACCCGCCCUGCUUCCGAAAGAGUCUUCAGUCCCUUCAAACUGCAGACUGGGUUCGGGGAUUGGCGAGACGACCUGGAAGCGAACGGAUAUGUUGUCGUCAAAGGAGCCGUACCCCCAGAGAAGGCCGAAUACUACCAGCAACAAGCAUUCAACUGGCUGAAGACCUUUGACCCCAAGUUGGACUUCAAAGAUCCCGGCACCUGGAAGGAUGCGACCCUGCCGGUCCAGACGGACAGGAACACCUACGAGCAUUGUGGAGUCGUGCAUGAGCGGUUCAUGUGGGAGGCACGUCUGGAGCCGGGGGUUGUGAAUGCCUUCGCCAAGAUCUGGGGCACACAAGAGCUGCUCGUUUCGUUUGACUCGCUGAACGUCACGCUGCCCAACCUCAAGCCCUCUCGGAAGCCGUGGCCGCAUGUCGACCAGGCGCCUCGGAAACGUGGCCUCCACUGCGUGCAGGGUAUCAUCAACCUCAGCCAUGCCGGAGAAGAAGACGGGUCACUGGUCGUCAUUCCCGGGUCCCAUCGAUACGUGGAAGACUUCUUUGACACCAAGACGAGCCCAGCGGACUGGGAGUGGCGUGACAACCGUUACUUUAGCGAGGAGGAUAUGAGCUUCUUCCGCAGCCGCGGCCUGUCGCCUCAGAAGGUGCACGCCGAGCCCGGGGACCUGAUCCUGUGGGACUCGCGCACCAUUCACUGGGGAGGUGAGCCGACGGACAAGAGCACCACGAUCCGGACAGUCAUCUACGCCGCCUACGCCCCAAGGGAGCUGGCUGCGCCGAGCGCCUUGCAAGAGAAGGCGCGUGUAUUCAAGGCAAACGGGGCGACCACACAUUGGCCUCACGAUAAUAUCAAGCUCCGAGAAUCGCUAGUCUGCCUGCCAGACGGCACGGUUGACCCUCGCAACCGCUCCGAACCGUUAGAGAAGGCAGAACCCUCAGAACGCCUCCUCCAAUUGGCCGGCGUGAUGGCCUAUUGA